GAGACGCUCCCUGGCCGCACCGGCUGCCUGUUUGCUCCUCGUUCAAAUCAGUCCCGGCGUGCCGCGCGCUGCUAACGGCCGCCGAACCCCGAGAGGGAGGGGAGAGGGAGGGAGGGGGCGGCCAGCCUGCGCCUGCCAGCCGCAACCAUGGCCGAGUCGCUGCCGCAGACCCCGAGCAGGCACGAGAAGAGCCUGGGGCUGCUCACCACCAAGUUCGUGUCCCUGCUGCAGGAGGCCAAGGACGGCGUGCUCGACCUGAAAGUGGCGGCAGACACGUUGGCCGUGCGGCAGAAGCGUCGUAUUUAUGAUAUUACCAAUGUUUUGGAGGGUAUUGGAUUGAUCGAGAAGAAAUCGAAGAACAGCAUUCAGUGGAAAGGAGUGGGCCCGGGCUGCAACACACGGGAGAUCGCGGACAAGCUCAUCGAUCUGAAGGCGGAGAUAGAGGACCUCGAUCGGCGGGAGCAGGAGUUGGACCAGCAACGAGUCUGGGUACAGCAAAGCAUUCAAAACGUGACGGAUGACAUAGAGAACAGCAGGUUGGCGUAUGUGACGCAUGAAGAUAUGUGCCGAUGUUUCAAAGGUGAUACGCUGUUAGCAAUCCAGGCACCCUCGGGCACACAGCUGGAAGUCCCCAUCCCUGAGGGGGUCCCCAACGGGGUGAAGAAGUACCAGAUACACCUGAAGAGUAUGACGGGUCCCAUCAACGUACUGCUGGUAAACAAGGAUACGUCCUCCUCCUGCCCGGUGGUAGUUCCUGUGCCUCCACCUGAAGACCUCAUUCAGUGCUCUCCCACAGUGCAUACCACCCCACAGAAGCCUGUCCUUGCCAGCAGCCAGGAGGCCGUUGCCAGGUCUCCAGCCCGGCCCGUCUCUCCGUCCACAGCCCCUCGGGUGCCUCCCCACCCGCCCACAUCAGUAACGCCCACAGUGCCCAGUGUGUCAGCUCAAGAGCCCCAAAACAGUACCAGCGGUGUCUUAAGCCUCGAGCCCCUCAAUCUACUUCCAACGUCUGCCUGUCAAGCGACCACGAUGGAUACGCAGCCUCUGGAAUCUUCCGCCUCGUUGGACAGCAGCACGUCCUUGUCCAAUCCCACUACCUCCUUCGUUCCAAUCAAAUCUGAAACUUCAGUGGAAUUGGAGUUUCCGAAAGAAUUAACAGAGAUGUUUGACCCCACUAAAGAAUGUAUGCAUUCUGACCUCAUAGAUGAGCUGAUGUCUUCAGAAGUUUUUGCUCCUCUGUUGAGGCUGUCACCACCUCCGGGAGACCACGACUAUUACUUCAACCUCGAUGACAGUGAAGGCGUCUGCGACCUCUUUGACGUGCCCAUUCUUAACCUUUGACCAUCUUCUGGACUUGGUCGCCCGGCAGCUGUAUAAAAAAACUUUUUUUAAACAUCUUUUUAACAAAACAAAAAAAAGGAAAAAA